AUGGUUUUCAAGUUUUGUUUGUUUUGGUGGUGCGUCUUCGUGUUUGCCGUCAUGGCGGUCUACAUUGCGGAUCACCUCCUGUACCGAAAGUUCGGUCCGGCAAAGGUAGUCUGGAAAGCUGACCAUUCGUUCAAAGGGGCAUCGCGCGAAGAGUUUUGGGCGCAGUUCACAGAUCCGUCGCGGUGGUCGCCGGAGCACCCGGUACUGCAGACAGCCGAUGUUAGCAUGGUCCUCUGCGAGCAAAGCGGGUCACAGGAGAAGAGCUCUCCGGAGGCGGAGGCCGAGGAUGUCGCCGAAGAUGUCGCGGAGGAGGUGCCCUUCGCGAAUCCGAAGCGGAAGCUCGAAGCUGUCCAGCUUGGCCCCCUGAAGCCAGGCUUGGGCAUGGUACUUAGACACAAGGCCGAGAGCGAAAGCUCGGGCUCUUUCUUCUGCACAAGAGAGUGCAAGCAGCUGGAGGAGCCUGUUGAGGGACCUUUCCGGCUGGUCAUGCAGACGCUGGAGGCAGGAUUGGGCUACCCUUUCCUGGACGAUUCCGAGAUCUCAGAGGUUGAGAUCUUUCCCCCCUCGGAAGAUGGAACCAUCAGAUGCAAAAUGACCGGAGUGGCAGAAGUCACCUCUCGCAUCUUCAGAUGGUGGUCGGGCUUGCAGAAGGACUCGCAAGAGGCGGCUGCCGCGUUCAUGCAAUCGAUUCAAAACGAGGUUGCCGCACCGAAAGUCAGGAGCAAAGACCUCUCUCAGCAAUGA